UACCACCACUCAGCUAUGAGAUAUGAUGAGCACAGUAGUAACUGGAUGGUGAUCUUCCAGUUGAGUGUGUUCCGAGGGUCAGCAUGGGAGUGGAGCGAGGAACGUCAGCAGUUUUACUACCACCAGUUCCUGGCUGAACAACCCGACCUUAACUAUCGCAACUCCAUCGUUAGGGAAGAAAUGAAGAAUGUAUUGCUCUUCUGGAUAAACAAAGGCGUGGAUGGCUUCCGAGUGGACGCUAUUAAGCAUCUCUUUGAGGCGGAAGGCAAGUACUAAGUGAAUUGUGUUUAG